UCCUUAACGAGAGAUCUCUCUCCUCUCUCUAUUCUCAUCAUCAAUGGCGUUUCUCUCCUCCUCUUCGCCGACGAUGCAGAAAGGAAUAUUCGUGAGCGUGCCGGUGCUUGUACUCUCCGUUUCCUUCGCAGCUGCUGUCUUCUUCCUCCUCUCCUCCUCCUCCUGCUCCUGUCCUCCAUCUCUAUCUUCUUCGAACGUAGUCGGUGGAAGCGUUACUGACGUGAGAUUAGAGGAGAGGAUAUCGACGACGAGAGAGGAUAUCGAGUGGAUUAGAGAUCUGAUUAGAUCCAACGGUUUGCAUAUGCAGAAGAAUGAGCUUAGGAAAGGGAUCAAUCCUCGUACUAGAGAUCAACAACUCGCAGAUCUUAAACAGUACAAGGGUAUAUCUCAUUACGAAGGAGAAGAAGCAAACAACCACACAGCUCUUCCAUGCCCUGGCGAGUUACUAGUCGAGCAGCACCACAGCAACUACGGCGAGCCAUGGGCAGGCGGCCGCGACGUAUUCGAGUUCUUAGCCGAAUCCUCCAAUCUCAAACCAAACUCUCGCGUCCUCGAAAUCGGAUGCGGCACCUUACGCGUGGGUCUGCAUUUCAUCCGCUACCUCAAUCCCUCGCACUUCCACUGCCUCGAAAAGGACGAGCUUUCUCUAAUGGCUGCUCUAAGAUACGAGCUUCCAUCGCAAGGUCUUUUGCACAAACGGCCUCUUAUACUCAGAGGAGACGACAUGGAGUUCAGCAAGUUCGGCUCGGGUGUAACGUAUGAUCUUAUAUACGCGAGUGCGGUCUUUCUCCAUAUGCCUGAUAAGCUCGUGUGGGCCGGACUCGAGAGGCUGGUGGGGAAAUUGAAGCCUUACGAAGGGAGGAUCUUUGUGUCGCAUAAUGUGAAGUUCUGUUCGAGGUUAGGUGGGGACGAGUGUGCGAAGAAGCUAGCGAGUUUGGGGCUUGAGUAUCUUGGUAAACAAACGCAUGAUAGUUUGUUGUUUAAUCACUACGAGAUUUGGUUUGGGUUUAGACGGUUGAAACCAUAAGAAAAGAUUGUUGGAAGUCUCAGUGAGCUUAAAGGAGAGAGAACGUCCACAAAAGCUGUGAAGUACACUCACUAUUGUGGUCAGAGUGAGAUACAUGUUAUGUUCAUAAAAGCCAAGUGAUAUAAUCUGUAACCGAAAACAUAUUGUUUUCAUAUUUUUAGCGUUGUUACCAUUUGUUUUUUUU